GGCAACGCAAUACACGAAAACAAAACCAGCUGCUGCUCACUAUACACAUAUUUUUCAUUUUUUCCGGUCAAAUAAAUAUUGAAAAUUAAAUAAAACAAUUAAUUUAUUAAUAAUGGGUCUCUUAUCGGACCCCUCACUAACACCACGCGGCAAAUUUGGACGUACAUUAGCUAAGCAUAGCGGCAAAAUUUCUUUAUUUUUCUAUGUAGCCGGCUUGGCUUGGUUCGUUUGCCUGUCACACCCUGAAUUCAGCCAUGGCACUUACUUAUCGGAAAAUGCACUCUCACCAGGACUCGUUGAUCCGGAAAUCGGACAAGACGCUGUACGUCUCGCGCAAAGUUUAUAUGAAGAAUUACAACGCGAGCGUACCGAUCAUAAAUCAACGACACCACAUGCUUGGAUAGCAGCAAAGAUGCAUCAAAUUGGACUUGAGACGCAUGUACAUAAUUUUACACUGCGUUACCCCUUUAGCUCGGGCAAAGAAUAUCAUGGCAAAAAUGUCUAUGGUAUAUUACGUGCACCACGUAUCAGCUCCACCGAGGGUGUGGUAUAUACGGCGCCAUAUCGUGCUGUUAACUCGGUACACAACGACAUAACGGCUAGUGUGCCGAUGUUGCUAGCAUUUGCAGAUUUUGCCCGCAAAAAGAAUUACUGGGCAAAAGACUUGGUAUUCCUAGUAACCGAACAAGAGCAACUGGGCAUGCAUGCCUGGUUGGAGGCUUAUCAUGAAGGCGGCAUAAAAGAUUCACCGAUUUUGCGUUGUGGAAAUUUACCAGCACGCGCUGGUGCGCUACAAGCCGCACUUAAUUUAGAAGUGCAAGAUUUAGAUAUUGAUUACAUUGACGUAAAAAUUGAAGGUUUGAAUGGCCAAUUACCCAAUCUGGAUAUGUUUAACUUGGUACAACGUCUCACCUCGCGUAGCGGUCUUUCAUCCGGCUACAAGCAUACGCCACGUAAGAAGCGUCGUUCACACCGUGGCUCAUUGGAGGAUAAUCUGCGACACAUGUUGGAAAUGUUAAAGAGUCAGGCAACUGGUGUGCCUAAUGGCAAUCACGGUUUAUUCCAUCGUUACCGCAUUGAAUCACUCACACUCGAAGCGGUGAAACGCACAACAAACACCAACAACAACAAUCGUUAUGGCACUGCACUCUCACUCUUGAAGACCGUCGAAGGCAUUUCGCGCAGCUUAAACAAUCUGCUGGAACGUUUUCAUCAAAGUUACUUCUUCUAUAUAUUAGUGCAGAACGAUCGCUUCGUUUCAAUUGGUGAUUAUAUGCCCUGUCUCAUAGCCUUGGCCAGCCCUAUGUUCAUUAAGGCCUUCCUGCUUUGGCUAACCACGACAACGUGUGAUGAAUCCACUUCAGAGGAUGAGGACAACACCGCACAUGAUGAAAAAUUACCCAUACAUUUACCGUACAUUUCGGUGCUGCUCUACAUGGUGGCCGCGCUAGUGUUAGGCUUCUGCUGCAACACCUUACCAUACAGUCAACAUGUCAGAGACUACUUCCAUGCUAUGGGGGUCAGCACACAAUUGAGUGUUGCACUCAUUUUGGGUGUGCAAGUGGUGUUGGGCACUUUAUUGCCACUACUCUACACAUUCCCCGAGGCCGGGUUGGAAUUGCUACAUAUUGGUGCGUUAAUAUUCACAGGCGUAGCUUUGAUUGUCACCGGACUAUUGAACUUUGCUUUGGGCUUCAUAUUGGCGGUGUUCAUCUCACCCAUCACAAUAUUACUGCAAAGCGAGAAUGCAAGCGGCUUUCGUCAGAAAUUAACGCGUAUUUACACCUUACUGCUCAAUCCCAUUGUUGCCAUAUAUUUGCUGGUCGCAUGGUUGACACUCUUUGAAUUCCCAGAGUUGGCAUUAAAAGAGUUGGCUUUGCGCGCCUACACCGCCACUUUGGAUGCAAUAACUUAUGGUCUCAUGGACAGUAUUAUUUAUGGCAAUUGGCUGUAUACCGCAAUUGCUGCUGUUUAUUUCCCAUUGUGGAUUUUGUAUUGGACUUUGGCUUUGGGCCGGAAGUGCACAACUACUAAAACAACGUUUGAUAAAAAAAUGAAUUAAAUUUUAAUACAUAUGCCAUUAAUUGCAGGGAAUAUUAAAUUGAUCACGUGCUUCUAUAAUAUUCUGCAUAAAAAAAAAUAUACGCAAAUGCAAAAUUUCCGUAAAAUAUAUAAUUAAUUUAACAUCGGUGGAAAUAAUUCCUUCUCAACGAUUGCCAAUUAGCUACUGGCUAUAUGAGCACCUAAUUGUUGAGACAUUAUAAUGCAACCAUGUGCAGAACUGCAACCAACUUCACGUUUCUACAUAUUUGGCGCUUUAAUUUGACAUUUACAUUACGGAGAGCAGUGAAGGAAUUUCGUUCAACCACCAUAAUUUAAAAACAAUUUCUUUGUGAAGCAACGCAACGGCGUCUUUUACGCGCGUUCUAAUAAAUUUGAUUAAACUGUAUUAAUUACAAAUCGAUAAAAUGUCUAAUGUCUCCACGAAAAAGAUCUUCAUUCAAAUUGAAUCCGCAGCCGAACAACAGGUAA